AUGGCCACUAAUGGUGAUAAAGAAGACACAGAAAUGAUCGAUCGCGACGGCGAGAAGGUCGUUACCAUGAUGGACGUUCUUCAGGAACAGGAAGAUUUUGAAGAAGACGCAAAUGCUGUGCUUGGAGCCUCAGAUGAUAAAAAUUGCACGUACCCUAUGGGUUAUAUAAAGCGUCAAGCCCUAUAUGCUUGCCUGACUUGCUGUGUUGAUGCCAAAGAAGAUCCUAGCAAGAGAGCUGCAAUCUGCUUGGCAUGUAGCCUCAAAUGCCACGAGGAUCAUGAAUUAGUAGAACUUUAUACCAAGAGAAACUUUCGAUGUGAUUGUGGUAACCCUAAAUUUAAUUCCCACCCUUGUCAAUUUAUAUCAAAUAAAUCAGAUUUAAAUGAAGAAAACACAUACAAUCAAAAUUUUUCUGGUCUCUACUGUAUCUGCCAUAGACCUUACCCUGAUCCAGAUGUUACUGAGGAAGAUGAAAUGAUUCAAUGCAUCAUUUGUGAAGAUUGGCUCCAUUCUGACCAUCUUGAUGCUACAGUUCCUGAUAGUGAUCAAUAUGCUGAAAUGAUUUGUAAAACUUGCAUGCAGCGGAAUGAAUUCCUACAUAAUUACAGUGAUCUUAUUGUUAAUGGAAAUGAUGUUAUAGAUGUUGUCAAUAUUUCAGUUAAUGGUUUUACUGAUAGUAUUGGAGAUGGAAAUAUUAACACCUUAGAAAUAUCCAAUAGUCAAAGUGAAAAAGCAGUGAUGAAAAGCCAAAUAGAGGCUGAACAUAAUGAAAUCACAAGUAAUGAAAAUAAUUUAUCACUUAAUAUUCCUGAAAAUACUAAAGUCAAAGAAGCUGUUAAUAUCACACAAAUAGUAUCUGAUGUAGAAACUACUGCACCCGUCACUGCUUCGUUGUUAGUAGAGGUACAAAAAGAUGACCAAAGUCUAAAUGAAAAAGUCAAUGAAGUUACCAACAAUGAAAUGGUGUUAGACCAAAAGCCUUGUGACAAUGAAAGUCCUCAAUCUGAAUCAGGCCACAUUCUAGAUGAAAGCAAAGAGAGAGAAAUGAUAGGUGAUUUAGUUCAGAACUGUCCAUUAGAGACUAAUAAACCAGAUAUUGAACAAAAUAUAACAUACAAUGAACAAGAAAACAUAGCUGAACAAAUGUCAGCUGACAAUAUUACUGCAGCUUCAGAGAAUAAAGGUGUGGAAUCAUGUGAAAAUGAUAAAAUAAUUAGUAGUAUAAAUAUACCAAACAAGUCUGUAGAGUUAUCUGUCGAGACUAAAAGUGAAUUAACUAGUGAUAAAUGUAUAGUAAGCAAUAGUGAUGAUGCAACUGAUAAAUCCACUGAAAAUAUUGACACUAAACCGAACAACUCAAAUGAUGUAGAGGAUGUCCCUCAGAGAGAAAAAAUAAAUACACACAGUUUUGAAAGUAGGUUUGAUGAAAAAGAGAAAUGCAACAAUGAGGAAACAAAUGCAAACAAACCUUUGGAAGAAAAAUCAGUAAUAGAAGCAAGUAAAGAUACUGAGUCAUCUCAAAACGUGGAUAAUUCGACAGAUAUUACCAACAGUGAGAGUACUAUAAAUGAACAUGUUGAUACUAAAAGCAAAAUAGAACAACACAAAGUUAUUAAUGAAGACAUUGAAAAACCAGAUAUAAAGAGAAAGUUGUCUGCGGAAGAGUUAGAUGGUGGCACAGAAUCAAAAAAACUCAAAUUGGAAUCAAAGACAUGUGUAAAACCGAAUGAAACGAAACGAAAAUACAAAGGUGCUACCUUUUGGCCUUCAUGUUUUAGGCAGAACCUUUGCACUUGCGGUGAAUGUUUGGCCAUGUACAAAGACUUGUCAGUAUUAUUCUUGAUAGAUCUCGAAGACACUGUAAGUGCUUAUGAAAAGUUGGGCAAAGAAAGAAGCAAUGGUAAACCGGCAUCAGAGUAUGAAAAGGGGUUAGCCGCCUUAUCUUCACUAGAUAGAAUCCAGCAGAUCAAUGCUUUGACAGAGUACAACAAGAUGAGAGACAAAUUGUUAGAUUUCCUGAAAAGUUUUAAAGACAGAGGGGAAGUGGUCAAGGAAGAGGAUAUCAAGGCAUUCUUUGCUGGCAUGAAACCCAAACGUGAGCCAGAUGGCGUGUACUUUUGUCGAUAA